AACGGGUGUAAAUAGCACCACUAUCGAUUUUUUCAAUAUUCUUUUUGAAACAUACCUUAAAAAAAUAAUUAAAAUGGGACGAGGAAAGCAUUGCACUUCAGAUAAACGUGACAUGUUCAUAAAACCAAUUUCUGAAGGAAAAUCAUACAGAAAUAUUGGUCGAAUCCUUCAAUGCUCGAACAUAAUGAUACGAAAUGCAAUCACGUACAACGAGAAGCCCGAAAUACGUGGGAGAAAACAAUCAUUGGGCACCCAUCUCUUCAAAAGGCUAGUGCAAGAGGGAUCCAUUUAAUGCUGCUACCGACCUGAAAAAAGAUCUCAACAUAUCCGCAACAGUGCAAACAGUUCACACAUGUGUAAGGGAACAUGGUGUAAAAGGCUGUAGUCCAAGGAAAGUCCCUCUUUUAAGUUCGCCAAGGAACAUUUAAAAUGGCCAGGUGAAAAAUGAAGGCACUUUCUAUGGUUAGAUGAGAACAAGCUUGUUAUUUUUGGAUCUUGAUCGUAUGUGAGGCGCCCUAAGAACACCAAAUUGCGUAGUAGAAGCAAUUAAACACGAAGGAUCCAGUAUAAUGGAUCGUACAAUUCGGUUGGGGCAAUACAUUGGAUAAAAACCAUCAUGGAUCAACAUGUGUUUGUGGAUAUUUUGGUGUCGAUGAAGCUACCCUUUGCCGAAUACUAUCAACAAGACUACGACCCCAAGUACACCAGCAGGAAAGCCAAAGAUUAGUUCCAAAAUAAAUCUCUUCCUGUUUUGGAUUGGCCGUAAUCCCACCACAAAUCCUUGGCCAGAUAUGAAAAAAGCAGUUGAAGCUUCAAAGCCAACUAACUUACUAACAAUAACUUCGGGCUAUAAUUAAAGUCCUGGAGCAAAACAUCCCUUAAACGGUGCCAGGAGCUGGUUGAUUCCAUUCCAAAACGUUGCGCACCUGUUAUUGACCUCCUCCCAACUUUUCGUCCCCGGCUCCAAAAGUAAUUGGAUCCUAUUUGAAGAAGAGCUAGCUUAGGGAGACUGGACGUCUUAAUCGACUUCAUUGAUGUAGCACCAUGGGCGCAAACACAUCGAGCAGAUCCGACGCGAGUCUGCUCGCCGAUGACGAUGUAAAUUUUGACCAUUUCCAAAUACUUCGCGCCAUAGGAAAGGGCAGUUUUGGAAAGGUGUGCAUUGUCCAAAAGCGGGAUAGCGGCAUCCUGUACGCGAUGAAAUAUGUUAGUCGCUCUGCCUGCGAAAUGCGCGGAGCUCUCGGCGGCGUCAUUAAAGAGGUGGAACUGCUAUCGUCAUUGGAGCACCCGUUUCUCGUCAAUUUAUGGUUCUCGUUUCAGGAUGAGGAGGACUUGUUUAUGGUUUGCGACCUGUUGACUGGCGGGGACUUAAGAUAUCAUUUACAGAACAGAGUUGAAUUCUCCGAGCAGAGUGUGGCCUUAUUAGUGUGCGAGCUCGGCAGUGCAUUGGAGUACUUGCAGGCGCACCGUGUAGUUCACAGAGACAUCAAGCCCGACAAUAUUUUAUUGGACGAUACGGGACAUGCUCAUUUGACUGAUUUUAAUAUUGCAACGAGGUUGCAAAAAAAUUCCUUGGCCUGCAGUAUGUCAGGGACUAAGCCCUACAUGGCGCCGGAGUUGUUCCUGUGUGCUUUGGACGAAGUGGCUGGCUAUAGCUAUCCAGUAGACUGGUGGUCCCUUGGCGUCGUUGCUUAUGAAAUGCGGGGAAACAUUCGACCCUUUGUAGUUCACUCGAACACCCCCCUGGCGGAGAUCAAGAAUAUAUUGAACACCCCAGUGCACUAUCCCCGCUACUGGAGCAGGAACUUUGUCGACCUGUUGCAGAAGUUACUUUCCACUUAUCCGGGUGCCAGGAUCAGCACAAGGCAGGAGCUGCAUCAAACGCCGAUGCUGCGCAACAUUGACUUCCAGAUGGUGCUCGAAAAGAAGAUCAAACCCAUCUAUAAACCUCCCGAAGACCACCUCAACUGUGAUCCCUGUCUAGAGUUGGAGGAAAUGAUUGUGGAAUCACGGCCCUUGCAUAAAAAGAAAAAGCGCCUGGCCAAGCAGAGGUCAGCACAACGUGACAGCGAUCCCGAGACUGCGCUGGUCAAAGAGUUCAUUGUUUACAACCGCUACAAGGAGCUAAAGCGCAAAGCCAUGGAACAAAAGGAACACGACUGGCAGCGCGAACUGGAACUGGCCAUGGCCAAUUCCAUCGUGAACAGCCUGACGCCCAUCCAAGAGAAACCUGUCGCUUCCACUGUGCACGACGACGACUGUGUGACCGCACCAUCCGCAUCCGCCCAGUUAAAGGGGGACAUCAUUGAGUUCAUUGAUCGCACUCCUUCACCUCAGAUUAAAGAAUCUGCUAGCAGCACGCUUAACAUUCCGACAAGACCGUUUUAUUAAUAAAAUCUAUGACACGGUUAAUAGCAACAGGUUUCAAGGUGCACAGAUAACCAGACCCAUGAGACCAGAUCCUAUUUUUUGAACUCCUUAAUUUCAUUUU